AUGGUGACGCGACGCUGGCUGUCAUCAGUAGCCUCUGCGAAGUCGUCGGGGAAAGGUCUCGUCGUGCCGGUGGCGGAAGUACACCGGUUCAUCGUGGACUGUUUGAAGGCUGUGGGUACCUGCACAGACAAGGCCUGCGUCCAGGCAGACGUGCUUGUCGCCGCCGACUAUAGGGGACACUUCAGCCAUGGCAUGAACAGGCUUGAGAUGUACGUGAAGGACGUAAAGAAUGGAACAUGCAUGCCCAAUGCCGAGCCAUGUGUUCUGAAUGAUACGCCAUCAACAGCGUGGGUGGAUGGCAACAACGGACUGGGUGCAAUCGUAGGCAACUUCUGCACGCACAUGUCCAUCCAGAAGGCCAAGCAGACUGGCAUAGGAUGGGUCACUGCCAAAUGUUCUAAUCACUAUGGAAUAGCUGCUUUUUAUGCUGAACAAGCACUACAGGAAGGAAUGCUGGGUAUGACUUUUACAAACACAUCACCGCUGAUGACGCCAACUCAUGCAAAGCAGGCAGCCCUGGGUACAAAUCCAUUGUCACUGGCAGCUCCAGGAACUGGAGGGGAUAGUAUCAUUAUUGAUAUGGCCACAACUGCUGUCGCUGUGGGAAAGAUUGAAUUCCAGCGGCGUAAAAAAGCACCUAUUCCAUCCGGCUGGGCUCUGGGUCCCGAUGGUGCACCAACAACAGAUGCUGAGGUGGCCUUCAAAACUGGCCUUCUCAUGCCCCUUGGAGGUUCAGAAACGCAUUCUGGAUAUAAAGGCUAUUGCUUGGGUAUUCUUGUCGAAGUAUUUUCUGGAAUACUUAGUGGUUCUGCCUAUGGUCCUAAUAUUCGCCAUUGGCUGAGGCCUACAGAUAAACCUGCAGACAUAGGACACAGUUUUGUAGCAAUUAACCCCAACUGCUUUGCUCCAGAUUUUGGAUGCCGUAUGCAAGACCUGAUAACAUACCUCAGAAAUUUGAAACCACAAGAUCCCAGCAAGCCAGUACUUGUACCAGGUGAUCCUGAGAGGAAAAACAUGAAACUUGUUGAUAAACAAGGAGGAAUACAAUACCAUGAGAACCAACUCAAGGCAUCGUUGAAUGAUAUCCUGCAACAAUGGAAAUUUUUGAGUAUAGCCAAAACUUUAUGCAAGAGAAGAAGAGAGAGAGAAGAGAUAAAGCAGGAGAAAAUGCACUAUUUUCAUGUGUCAGUCUGGAAUUUUAGGCCAUCAGCAAAACUCUCAGGGAGGCAUCAUUAUCAGAAUUUCUGUGACUUUGUCAUAUUCAGUGUAUUUAUCCUGGUGAGAUCUGCAUCUGUAACUUCUAAUGAUGUUGCGUUCCUAAGACUGACGAUGAAAGAUAACAGAAAUGAACAGUCACAAUACAUGGAACCAAUGCUCCCUGACCAAUAUUCACCUCACUCAUCCUCCCCAAUCAAGCACUGUUACAUUGGCUCAGCAUGA